AAAUUUUGUAAUUAAUUUUUUUAAGACAAUCAAGUGGUGAGAUAUGACGAAUGGCCGAACACACAAUUGGUAAACUAGCUUGUGACCCUAGAGUUAAACCAAAGGGCAGUAUAAGAAAGAGUCGUCGCAUCUUUUUUGGUGACUUCUGACUCGAAAACGCAAAACCACACAAUUGAAAAAUAUGCCAAUUACAACUCUCUUUAUCAACUAGUCUCAACAAAUGUCCCAGAGCGAUGCACAAAAACUCUUUCGAUGGUGAGAGGAGAACUCGCGGUGGUACGGGCGGCGGGUAAUGGCGAAGUCUUACUCUACAUUUGGGCAGCUGUUGUGGCUCUCUCCAUCAUAGCAACCUUGAUUUUCUCAUGUAGCGACGGAGCUUCAAAACCUCACACUAACGACGAUGUCAAUGGCUCUGCUUGCGCUGCUGGCUGCGGUGGUGGUUGUGGAGGUUAAAGGGGAGGCAGUUUUUGUUCACUUUAGUAACAUUUGAAGAUAAACCAUAUAUAUUGGCUUCUUGCUUUAAUAAAAAGUUAAAGUGUAGUGUAGAUAAUGUGUAACCAAUGAACGUAUUAUGCUUCUUGAAUUUAACAUGUUAGUGAUCUAAUUAGUUUUA